AUCUCUAAUCCGCCAAAAAACCCACCACAGAAAAAAAAAAAAAGGUUCUCGACUCUCCUCUCGUCUCGAGAGCAGCAACAGCAGCAGAAGAAGAGAAGAGCAAGAGGAGGAGGAGGAGAUGUUCCCCGGCCUGAUCCACCACCACCGCCUCCUCGACGCCGAUGUCGGCGGCGGCGGCGGGGGGAGCAGCGCCGGCCUGGUACUGACGGCCGACCCCAAGCCCCGCCUGCGGUGGACGGCCGACCUCCACGACCGCUUCGUCGACGCCGUCGCCCAGCUCGGCGGGCCCGACAAAGCAACACCCAAAACUAUCAUGAGGACAAUGGGUGUGAAGGGUCUCACCCUUUUUCACUUGAAAAGCCACCUUCAGAAAUACAGAUUAGGAAAGCAAUCUGGCAAAGAGAUGGCAGAGCAAUCAAAAGACGCUUCUUAUAUUUUGGGAGCUCAAAGUGGAACAAAUCUAUCUCCUACAGUUCCAACUCCAGAUUUGAAAGAGAGUCAAGAACUAAAAGAAGCACUCAGAGCACAGAUGGAAGUGCAACGAAAAUUGCAUGAACAAGUGGAGGUCCAGAGGCAUGUACAGAUCCGAAUGGAAGCGUACCAGAACUACAUCGACACGCUACUGGAGAAGGCAUGCAACAUAGUAUCUGAGCAACUGAAUGGCUUCAGCAUAUCUGACCAUGAUCUAACCUCUGCUGGUGUCAUGUUGAGCUCUUCAGACACCUUGAGCCCCUCCAUCUUCCACCAGCUCUCUGUCAGCUCGAUCAGCCUGCACAGUCCCGGAGGCAAAUCCUCCCCUUUUGCAGCUGAUGCUGACCUGUUCUUUCAGAAGGCGCCUGAAAAACGCAAGUCAUAUUGAGAUACAGAUAGGUGAAGAUCCAUGACCUGCUUCCUUCUGGAAAAGCCAGGGGGAAUUCUGAUGAUAUCUUGCAGGACGCCCAGCAAUUGUCCUGUUUCUAGUAGCUAGACUAGCACUGAACAAGGCUCUCUUACCUUGAUCUAUUUCAGUUAAUCUAGACUGACCUUUGUUAAUAUCCUGUGGCUAGUAGUCGUAGACUGAUCAAGAACCUUUAUCGAUGCGUAAGUAUCUUGUAAUUCAGAGUCCUAGCUCCCAAAUUAACACACUUCGGUUAUUUGUAUGCUUUUAACCCUAUAUAAUUGGGAAUACUGAAAGUGCAACUCAUAUUACAUGGAUGUCUCACAUGAUUAUCUUAUCUA